UCCCCCGGAAGACCCGCCCCCUGUGCCGUGGAGGCCAAUGGGCUAGGGCGACCGUUGCGACGGUUGGAUUUUGAAGGAGCCAAUGAGUGCUUGGAGCGGAGAGUUUAAGUCGUCCAAGUCCUCACUGCUAAAGCCGGUCUAGGAUCGGAACCUGCUCUAAAUUGACGGUGAGAGACGGCUGGACUGAGCGAACCGGUCUGGGACCGCGGCCGAGGGUGCUGGGCCGGGAAGGGCUGCGGCAAGGGUGGUCCUGACUGUGGCCGGCCGCCCCAGAGCACGGUCGCCUCUCUUACUCUGGGGCUCAGCGGGCAGCCACUGCAAGGAGCCCUCUCCCUCCAGACGCUCCCAUGGCCCAGUUCGUGUUCGAGAGUGACUUGCACUCGCUGCUGCAGCUAGAUACACCCAUCCCCAAUGCACCCCCUGCGCGCUGGCAGCGCAAAGCGAAGGAAGCCGCGGGGCCGGCCCCCUCGCCUAUGCGGGCAGCCAACCGAUCCCACAGCGCCGGCAGGACCCCAGGCCGAACUCCCGGCAAAUCCAGCUCCAAGCUUCAGACCACUCCCAGCAAACCUGGCGGUGACCGCUAUAUCCCCCAUCGCAAUGCUUCCCAGAUGGAGGUGGCUAGCUUCCUCCUGAGCAAGGAGAACCAGCCCGACAACAGUGAGACGCCCACCAAGAAGGAACAUCAGAAAGCAUGGGCUUUGAAUCUGAACGGUUUUGACAUGGAAGAAGCCAAGAUCCUUCGGCUCAGUGGAAAACCACAAAAUGCCCCAGAGGGUUACCAGAACAGGCUAAAAGUACUCUAUAGCCAGAAGGCCACGCCAGGCUCCAGUAGGAAGACUUGCCGCUACAUUCCUUCCCUGCCAGACCGCAUCCUGGAUGCCCCUGAAAUCCGGAAUGACUACUACCUGAACCUUGUGGAUUGGAGCUCUGGGAAUGUACUGGCUGUGGCUUUGGACAACAGUGUAUACUUGUGGAGUGCUAGCACUGGUGACAUUUUGCAGCUGCUGCAAAUGGAGCAGCCUGGGGACUAUAUAUCUUCUGUGGCCUGGAUCAAAGAGGGCAACUACCUGGCUGUGGGCACCAGCAGUGCCGAGGUGCAGCUAUGGGAUGUGCAACAGCAGAAACGGCUUCGAAACAUGACCAGUCAUUCUGCCCGAGUGGGCUCCCUCUGUUGGAAUAGCUAUAUCCUGUCCAGUGGCUCACGCUCUGGCCACAUCCACCACCAUGAUGUUCGGGUAGCAGAACACCAUGUGGCCACACUGAGUGGCCACAGCCAAGAAGUGUGUGGCUUGCGCUGGGCCCCAGAUGGACGACAUUUAGCCAGUGGCGGCAACGACAACUUGGUCAACGUGUGGCCUAGUGCUCCUGGAGAGGGUGGCUGGGUUCCUCUGCAGACCUUCACCCAGCAUCAAGGCGCUGUCAAGGCUGUAGCUUGGUGUCCCUGGCAGUCCAACGUCCUGGCAACUGGCGGGGGCACGAGUGAUCGACACAUUCGGAUCUGGAACGUCUGCUCUGGGGCCUGUCUGAGUGCCGUGGAUGCCCAUUCCCAGGUGUGCUCCAUCCUCUGGUCUCCCCACUACAAGGAGCUCAUCUCAGGCCACGGCUUUGCCCAGAACCAGCUGGUUAUUUGGAAGUACCCAACCAUGGCCAAGGUGGCUGAGCUGAAAGGUCACACAGCCCGGGUGCUCAGUCUGACUAUGAGCCCAGAUGGGGCUACAGUGGCGUCCGCAGCAGCAGAUGAGACCCUGCGGCUGUGGCGCUGCUUUGAGCUGGACCCUGCCCGGCGGCGGGAGCGGGAGAAGGCCAGUGCGGCCAAAAGUAGCCUCAUCCACCAAGGCAUCCGCUGAGGACCAACUCCUCGCAGUGUUUUGUGGGGUUUGUUUUUUGUUUUGCUUUGCUUUGUUUUUUUACUUUUCUAAUAAAGUCACGUCUCCCUCUC